GUCUUUGCAGUGUCCAGAGAUGCUCCGCCGCAGACCCAGGACCCCUUAGGCGCCUCUUCCCUUCCCUCUGCCAAAUCGCAACGCCUGUACUUUUCCAGCUCCCUCUUUCCCUCUUGAAAUUGAAAGUUAUUGAGGUCGCUCAGGGUUGUUGCUCCAGCAGUUUCCUUCCCCGCCCCCGAGCUCCCCCCGCCCCCCGCAGCCAUCCCCCCUCCUCUCCCCCUUCCUCCCCCCUCCCUCCCCCUCCUCCCCUAUGGGGUGCUCCCCGGAGCCCAGCCCAACACUGGAGCGGCUCCUGCUCGCCAACGCCAGAAGCAGCUCGGGGUCUCUCCGCAGCCCCUUGGCCAUGGCCUCGGUGCCGACGGCGUCCGCUCCCCUGCGCUCCCGGGGCCCCAGCCGCUGCCGCAGCCGCCGCAGCCUCUGAGCCCCAGGGGCCGCCUCCGCCGCCGCUGCUCGCCCGGAUCCCGCCCGCGGUCGCAGCCGCCGCGCACCAUGCUACCUGCGGCCGCCCGGGCGGCUCCUGAAACCUUCGCUUGCGGCGAUGACAGCCACCCCAGCAAAGCCGUCAGUGUUCGGUGUUCGGACAAUUUGAAAGUACAAUAGUUGGUUUCCCCGUCCACCCGCCCCGCUUCGCUUGCCAUCACAGCACGCCUUUUGGAACUGAGUGGAGAAGUCCCGCUGCUUGGGUUCUCGCUCGCUCGCUCUCCAUAUAGAUACGCCUAACACCUACAUGUACUUUUAAAACAUUAGAUAUAAUUAACAAUCAAAAGGAAAAGGAGAAAAAGAAGGGAAACAUUACUGGGUUACUAUGCACUUGCGACUGAUUUCUUGGUUUUUUAUCAUUUUGAACUUUAUGGAAUACAUCGGCAGCCAAAACGCCUCCCGGGGAAGGCGCCAGCGAAGAAUGCAUCCUAACGUCAGUCAAGGCUGCCAAGGAGGCUGUGCAACGUGUUCAGAUUACAAUGGAUGUUUGUCAUGUAAGCCCAGACUAUUUUUUGUUCUGGAACGAAUUGGCAUGAAGCAGAUAGGAGUGUGUCUCUCUUCAUGUCCAAGUGGAUAUUAUGGAACUCGAUAUCCAGAUAUAAAUAAGUGUACAAAAUGCAAGGCUGACUGCGAUACAUGUUUCAACAAAAAUUUCUGCACAAAGUGUAAAAGUGGAUUUUACUUACACCUUGGAAAGUGCCUUGACAAUUGCCCAGAAGGGUUGGAAGCCAACAACCACACCAUGGAGUGCGUCAGUAUUGUGCACUGUGAGGCCAGUGAAUGGAGCCCUUGGAGUCCAUGCAUGAAGAAAGGAAAAACAUGUGGCUUUAAAAGAGGGACUGAAACACGGGUCCGAGAAAUAAUACAGCAUCCUUCAGCCAAGGGUAAUCUGUGUCCACCUACAAGUGAGACAAGGAAGUGUACAGUGCAAAGAAAGAAGUGUCAGAAGGGAGAACGAGGAAAAAAAGGAAGAGAGAGGAAAAGGAAAAAACCUAAUAAAGAAGAAAGUAAGGAAGCUAUCCCUGACAACAAAGGUCUGGAAUCCAGUAGAGAAACCCCAGAACAACGAGAAAACAAAGACAAACCACAGCAGAAGAAGCGAAAAGUUCAAGAAAAACCACAGAAAUCGUCUGUGGAUCUCUUUUGGGACUUGAAGUCACCCUAGCUGAAGCCUUAACCAGUGUUUCACAGAGGAUCCAUCCAGCCCAGUCCAGGAGGAGGCCUCUCAGAGUGUGCACUACAAAAUCUUAUGACCCUCAGGCUUCCUGCUGUAAUGGAAGGACAUGUCUGCCAUGCUUCCUAGUUCUCUCAAGAUCACUACUUUCUGAAGAAUCAGUGAAUCUGCUGCUGUCUCUCUAUCUCUGGGCCCUGUUCUCCACUAACUGUACUGCUCAUAUGGACUGCUUGGUUUACUUGGUUUUCCACUUCUAAGAUAUAAAACUUUAAAAUGAUGUAUUCCUUGCUUCUUCUUACUCUGGUCCUUCUUUACACAACAUAAUUAUUUCAACGAAUUUGAUCUGUUCCCUAUGUCCCUAUGUAUAAAGUAAUUCUAAUAUUAUUUUUAACUAAAGUUUAGAUUACCAAGGGGACACAAACAUUAUCCUGCAGAAUUAUUUUAGGUAGAAGCUUUGUCCCCAUGUUUUAAAACUUUUGGAUGGUAUCAAACACCAUUUUUGUGCUUGAGAAUAAGUAGCCAGACUGCUUUUAUAUCUCUGUUGAUAUUUCUCAUCGUCUUUAUUCUUUCAACAAGUACUUAUUAGGAAGAUCUAUAUCUGCAUAUGCAAUGCUGGUAAAGGAGUAAACCAGGACAUAACAAUGGUGGCAAAGGACCAUCAUGACUUCCCUUGUGGUCCUCUAGACCAUGGCAGAAGAUCUAAAUUCUUCAUACAAAACCUGAAUAAAAAUACCAAGGAAAAGUAUUGAAAGCUAGCAUUAAUCUUCAUAUGUUGGGUGAAAUAUUCAUGAAGACAAAGAUAACAUUAAUUUUAACUGUAAUUCUCAAUCUACCCUAAUAGAUCCUUAGGCACAUGAAAUCUUAUAAUAUUCAAACUAGAAACCCUCAAAACUGAGUAAAAACUCAUUAACAGCUUUCUGUUUCAUAUGGUAAAGUUCCCAUAUGAAUCACACUUUCCAUGAGAACAGACAGUGAAUACAUUCUUGAUACAAUGAGAAAUGAGAGAAAGUAGCAACAUUAAUUUGUGAGUGUCUGAUCGAUGCCCCUAACCUGGUCAUCAAAUUCUGCUUUAUAACCAAAGGGUGGUCUCUGUUCUGUCAUCAGAAGAUUUAUGUUGCAGUCCCAGGUGUGUAACCAUUGAUAAGUCACAUAAAUUAUCUGGGUUCCCAUUUCUCAUGUGCAAUGAAAAAGAGUGGGACAGGAAAUGAUCACUGUAGUCUCAGGGAAGAGAACAUUUGACCCUUGUCCCAUUUCAGGUUAAUGUCCCAUGAGUCCUCCAUAGCAACAGUGUUCUUUGGAAAUUAUCCUAAUCCUACUUCUCAAAGUGGAAGGGUACAGACUGUCAGAGAAUAAAGAUUGAACUCUGCUACUCUGAUGUUAUUAAGUUAUAAGUGGUUCAUAUUAAUGAUAAUACAAAUACAGGACCAGAAAAACAUAGGGAGGAAACAGGGUACAUAAAUACAAGUAAUGCCAAGAAUAGGGGUAGAUUCCCACAAAUGAAGGUGGUAAAGAAAAUGAGAAGUAAACAAGUUAGACAGUCUAUGUGAAUGCUAGAAUUGGGUUAUUAACUGGUUGUAAUUUGUGUGACCUUGGGCAAAUUGUGGGUCUCUCAGAGCCUCCUUCUUCAUCUGUAAAAUAGAGGUGGCAAUGCUUCAUUACAAGAUUGUAAUGAGAAUUAGAAGUUUCAUCACUCAAUAUAAUAACAUCUCUUCUGCAGACAAAUAAAUUAAAAAGUCAUACAUAUAAAUUAAUUCUAUUUCCUGAAUAAUGAUAUGUGAUAGUACCCAUAUAAGUGUACAUAUGUGAUCAUUUCAAGGAGCAUAUGUAAGAAUCACAAAAAUGAAAUGAGUAAUAGCAACUCACAGGUAAAUCCCAGUUUACAAUUUGUCUUGAAACUUCUCGAAAUUAAGAUACUACUUAUUCUUAAGAAUCUGCAUUUUUAUAAAUGGGCUAAGUAAAGACACUCCAUCUUUCCCAUGAUAUAUUUUAAUAACAAAGGAAAUGACUAGAUUCUUUCUCAACACAACUGCAACUUUACUGGACAAAAUAGAGUAGAAGUCUUCUAUCAAAGGCUAAUUUGUUAGAGGAUGCUACUUCUUGUAAUUCAAAGGGAGUUUGUCUGGAGUCUGUUAGCUAUUAAAAGAAUAAGAUCUGGGGGUCAAAUCAAUUGAGAAUUUUCCCAUUUCGAGUAUUUCACCUAACUAGCUUAGUAGAUUAGUAACAUUUCAUUUCUAGGUUAUUUAGUAAAAAGAGAAUCAAAAUAAAUGGCUAGAUUUCUUUUAUGCUACCCAGUUGUCCUUUCACCAUACUUUGUUAUAAUUAUGUCAAGAGCCAUCUGAAGGGGUUACUGAUAUCCUUGUUUUACAAAUGAGGAAACUGAGACAUAGAAAAGUACACAAAGUCACAACUACAAACCAGUGACCCUGGAUGUCCCACUGAGCACUGGCCAAUUCCCAAGACUGUGUUUCUUUCCAGUGAUCAUAUCCCUUAAAAUAUUCAUUUUUAGUUCAGAAACAACCUAUGAUAUUAAAUAUUAAAGUGCUUUCCCAUGAUCUGGAAUAAUAACCUCAUGAAGCAGCCAGAGAAGACAAUCUUACAGGUCUUAACCAGGAUAAGACUUAGCCUGGAACCUGAACCUGAAACGUGACCCCCAAUGUAUGUGUGUAGAGAUCUGUGUAAAUGAGUGUGUGACAGCUUUGAGGAACCUGUGGGUGAGUAGGGCCCUUGGAUUGAAAGGGACAUAAAUGCAUUGGGAGGUGAGAGGAAUUAAUGAGAGAAAUGAGAUUUUGCCAUUAGAGAAAGACCAAAGUUCACACCAGGAAAGCUGAACCCUUCGGAAAUCUUGGAUUUCUGUAGCCCUUUAUGACUUUGGAAUAGCCCUCAGUUCAUUUCUCUUCUAGUAUGCAAACAAGGUGUUUAUCAGCACUGUCCCUUUUCCCUUGAGUCAUUAUUCAGAAUUGCACUGAUCUGGAAGGAAGCGUUAACACAUUUCCACUUUUGGAACAGACGAAGCUCCUUCCUUCCUACCUUGCCUCACUUUCUGACAGCUACUUUCAGACAUUUAAUAUCAGGACUUUAGUUGUUAACAUCUCUUCUCACCCAUUCUGUUUCUCAAAUAAUUCAGAAGCCAACAUAUGCAUCACAUAAAUAGUUAACAGAAAAUAAAGUGAAGAGGAAGGAAGGGAAGGAGGGAGGGAAGGAGGAAGAAAAGGAAGGAAAACAGAGGGAAGGAGCAGGAGGGAGGAACCCCCUAAAUAGUAACUACUUUAACAUUAAAAUACAAUUGUAGGAGAAACUCAAUAAGUAGGAAAAUUCCACUAACUGCAAAAUCAACAACAUUUAAAUUUCAGAAGACAAAAUCACAUGACUAUAAAAUAAUCUGAUAUGUAAACAGUUUGCAAAAUGCUUAUACUUCUGUAUCUGCAGUUGUGUGCAAUGAAAAUUAUUCAAAACGAUGUUGAGAUAAUCCAAGACUGAAUCAUCUACUAAAGAUUAAGCUUUAAACACAGAGAAAUGGAAAAUACGUAUUAGAAAAGUUUUUAAACAUAGUUGAAUAGUAAUUUUGAUUACCAAAAUGUUCUGGCCAAUUGAAGUUUAAUAGAGACAUUACCUUUUGCACUAUUAAUAUCAGUUGAAAUUUUAGCUACUCCUAACUUCUGUCAAAAAUACAUUUCAAGCAAGAGUUAGAUUUUUAAAGUCAAUGUAAUAACUCUUUUAGAAAACAUUUUAGAGAUAUCUGUCUUCAUAAUAAAAUCUAAAAUAACCCUACAUAUUGUAAAUGCUUUGAAAUUAUAGAGUAUAAUAAAUACAUAAGGUAUUAUUUUCACUAGCCAGUUGCUAGUUACUAUAAGAGAUUGUGUUCCUUUCCCCAUUCCUCAAACUCUACUUUCAUUGGAGAUUUUAACCUUAGAGAAAAUUAUCCAAAUCCUUCCCAAAAAGGAAUCAAUGGAAGUAAUAAUAACUGCAGCAAUCACAUGUUUAAGAACACAGUAAUGCAACCUUUCUUCUGGUGUAUUUCUUCUGCAGCUGUUGGCAUUGGAGCUACAUUAAAGAUGUCCUUGAGAAGCAAUUUCACCUUGUAAAUAUUAUAUAUUUCAUCUUCUAUAUUUACUUGGUAAAUAUACCCAAAUACAAUAAAAUAAGCUCAUACUAAAUCUUGUAUCUUGAUCUGGAGAUAUCUUUGAGUCAGUUAGCUGUUCCCCAUAGACCACCCACAGCCCUGAUUGGUCCCAAUUUCCCAAAAGGUAAGAAAUUCUGCAACAGCUCAGUCAACCAUCUGGCUAUGAUGAUCUCAAGGUUUAUAAAAAGAAAAAGAAAUUCUGAUUGCAAAAAGAAUGAGAUCCUUCCUUUAACUGUUGAAGCUCCUUAUUUAACAGCCAUGUGCUGUCUGUCCUAGAGAAUUCCAUGCCAAAAAGAAGGAGAGGGGGAAGAGGAGGGAGAAUGAGAGAAAGAGAGGAGAGAGAGAGAGAGAGAGAGCAUGCCCCAUGCCUUGGGGCUCUGGGUUAUUCAUGGUAGCCAUAGAUUCAUCCUGGUCUUUGAUGCCUCCCUGCUUUGCUUCUAUUACUUGGCUUGUUUAUGUUUUUUGGUUGACUAGUUAG